GCCGGUGGCCCGCGGCGGGGCUGGGUGGCUGUGGCAGGUGGCUCUGCCCCGGGAAGGGGAGGAGGCUGGCGGCGCUCCCAGCCCGGCCGGCAUCCCUCCCCGGCGGCAGCGAUGCUCAGUCCCGGCUCAGCCUGGCAGCAGCGCAGGCAGGGAGGGCACACGAGCCUGCGGACAACAUGGACAAGAACAACCAGACAGAGAGUUGGCACCAAAGCCUGCGGGCGGUGCUGAACGCCCUGAACCAGACGCUGCAUGGGGCCAUCUCCUGCCCCGGCGAGCCCUCGGCCGGCACUGUGGAGGCCGAGCACGGCAGCCGUGCCGGCCACGCCGGCCGCAACGACAACGCCUACAUGUACAUCCUGUUCGUCAUGACGCUCUUCGCCGCCACCGUGGGCAGCCUCAUCCUGGGGUACACCCGCUCCCGCAAGGUGGACAAGCGCAGCGACCCCUACCACGUCUACAUCAAGAACAGGGUCUCCAUGAUCUGAGCCUGGCCCACGCCUUGCCCCCGGGGAGCCACCGGGCUUGGGGUCACCUUGCUGUGCGCAUCCCGCUCGCUGUGGGAUGGGACGGUGCUGCUGGGAACCCCCUAAAGCUGCUGAGAACCUCCCAAAGCUGCUGAGAACCCCCCAAAGCUGCUGAGAACCCCCCAAAGCUGCUGGGAACCCCCACCGUGGUGGAGCUCAGUCCUGGUGUGAGCAGUGCUGGGAUGCCCUGGCUGGCAAGAGCUGGAAGAAUGUGACCUGCAAGCGGGUCCUGGUCCCACAGACCCACCUCGGCUCCCAUGGGCAUGGGGAUGGCAGGGGCAGCUUCUCUCCCACCGUGGCCUGCGGGGACUGGCAGGAGUCUUCAAGGAGAAUAUUUCCCCAUUUCCCUACUCAGAUCAGCUGGUCUUGACCUCCCUGGGCUCCCAGCAGCUGUGACAGCGAUUCACGGGUUUCUGUGGUGCUGAAGCCCUGUAAUGUUUGAGCUGGGCUAGGCCCUGCUUUUCUGGCAGGGAAUUAAAGGAGGUGGUGGGUUCCAGGGGACUUGUGUUUGCUUCUCCUCUGAGCAAGGUUGGUGUUUGGGGCAACCCGUGGGGCACCGCUCUGUGCCAGAGCCCAGGGGAUGCUGAAAGGGCUCAACCUGCUGCCUGUGUGCUGCCAAGGUGCAUUCAAGAGCAGCCCUUCGGUGGCAUCACAGCCCCUAGGAUGGGACAAAUUCCCCAGGACUGAGCGAGCCCUGCAUUCCCAGAGGGAUGCUUUGUCCCCACAUUCCCUGAGGGAUGCUUUGUCCCUGCAUUCCCAGGAGGAUGCUGCUUU